CGCAAUCGCACGCUCAACGACCAUGGAGUUCCCUUCGCCAACCCCAGGCCGAAAGGUCUCCCCAGGUGUUGGGGACAAAAAGCGCUUGACAGUCACCACCGACCUUCUCGCUACUCUUGAACGCCAGAUGGAUGAACUGAAGGCUCUCGAAUUUGCCUUGUUGCACGCCCUCUCGCUAGCAGAGAUGGAACGCGAUAUCAUCAAAUCGACGCCUCCAGCUACUUCAGACGAACAACUCUCUCCAGCUGCUGUGGGCAAAGAGAGCUUGCCAGUCACCGGCGAAGACUCCAUCGCCGUCCUCGAACGCAUGAUGCAUGAACUCCAUGCUAUCUGUUUGGAAGUCAAAACUCUCAGCUCGGCCUCACAGCACGACCACUCCUCCGACAAAACCGCGCGCUCAACCAAAUAAAAGCACCCCUCCAGCUAAUCCGAGCAAAGGAGAGUCUCGCACCACUCCCAGCACAGACUCUCCGUCCGCCCUUUACAUAGCCCACCGACGCCGACUACACCGCUCCUAUAACCCUCGCUCCGUCUCCCCAGCACGCGCACCCCCACCCGUCCCGGUCCUCGGAUGUCGCAGGAGCUAUUCACCUUCCCUCCCCCUUCCCCUCUCCCUCCCCCUCGCCUCUUUUCUAGCCUCAUAUUCGGCUACCCACCUUUACCCCCACUCAGCGGCCAACCUAACCUCGCGCUGCAUGAAGGAGAUCCAGCAUUGUGGAGAGUGUACGGUUGGGAAGGAACAAGAAACACAGUGACAACCCAAUAGUCUGUGCGUACUUAUUCAGCAAUGUCCAGGGUGCCCCCAUAAGGUUUCGUUUUAUAGGGAGCGAUAUCGAAAAUCCGUCUCUAUGUUCCGGGCCGUGACGUUCGAAGGAUCGGCAGUAGUAGCGGGAACAGAAGUGAGCGGAGGGUAUAUGGUGGUUAGGGGAUGCUGUUGAGACGAUAGAGCAAAGGGAAAGGUUGGUGACGCUGGACAACGUUUCUGCGGAUAUUGAGAGUGAAUGGUGAGAGGGAUGGCAUACGGCGAAGACGAGGAGUUGUUAGGAGAUGGGAUUCUUUUUAACAAUAGCACCAUUCCCAUAAGGGACUUUUAGUUCGAAUUAAGCUUGUACGAGGCAUCCAUUCGCUUGUCAGAAUACUUAUCUAUCUCAUACAC